AUGAUCAGUAGAUUAGGACUUAUAAGAACUCCAGUGGUUUCUCUGAAACGAUUCCUAUCGGUAGCAACCCAACUGUCAACCCCCAACACAUCCAAUUCCCCAAUAGAUCUCCACCCCUCAUUUCAUCUUGAUGAUAUUCCCGAUCUCCCCUUUGAAGAAAGAGUCAUCUUACCUUAUAAACAAUAUAAACCAUAUUCCAACCACAUUGACCAAACACUCACACCCAUCCUAAUGGUACAUGGCUUAUUUGGAAACAAGUCGAAUUAUAAUGUUGUCGGACGAGAAAUCAGUCGAAUUACAAAACAUCCCGUAUAUGGAGUUGAUUUAAGAAAUCAUGGUGAUGCUCCCCAUGUAUUACCCCAUACUUACUCUCAAUUAGCACUGGAUUUACAUGAUUUUAUAAUGGAUAGACAUUGGAAACUGGUUAUUUUAGUUGGACAUUCAAUGGGAGCUAAAGCUAGUAUGAUUUUAAGUUUACUUUAUCCUGAAUUAAUUGAGAAAUUGGUGGUGGUUGAUAAUACUCCGCAUUAUAAACCAUUGAGUAAACAAUAUGAAUGGGAUUUAUUGGGGAUGUGUGAAGUGGAAGAAAAGCAUCCCGAUGUUAAAGAUGCAGAGGGGAAGAGAGUUGUGGAUGUGAAGAAGGUUGAACGGAUGUUGUCGAAAUAUGAACCUGAUCCCGUAGUUAGACAAUUUUUGAUGCAGAAUUUAUUGACUAAACCUGGACAUCAUAAGUUUUCAAUGGCCAAGAAUCCACAUAAAGAAGUAUUUAAGACACCGGUUAUGAAUUUUUAUAAACAUGGGAUUGUGCCUAGUUUGGGAGGUUGGCCAAAUAUUGGAAGUGCUGAUAAAUAUUUGAAACCAGUAUUGGUAUUAUCGGGUAAGAAAUCUGAAUUUGUAUUACCAGAAUAUUAUUAUGAAUUUGAUAGAUAUUUUGAUGAUGUUGAAUAUGAAGAGUUUGACUGUGGUCAUUGGAUAUCUAGUGAGAAACCAAAAGAGUUUGUUGAAGCAAUUUCAAAGUUUGUAACUGAGUCAUCGUGA